AUGGACACACAGAAGAGUAUAUCCAGCCCUGGCAACCCUCAGAGGACUAAGCGUAGGCGGACCGGAACAGCGAAGUCAAGAAAUGGAUGCUCCAAAUGCAAAGACCGACGGAUCAAAUGCGAUGAGAAACGGCCUAGUUGCGAGAACUGCGCCAAGUUCGGAUGUCCGUGCCCUGGGUAUACGCAGAAAUUACGAUGGUCGCACAAGCACCAGCAGGAUAAGACCUCGAUAUCUAGAGAGACGACUUUUGGAACGAAUGUACAACUGCAAGAUCCAUUACCUGUAAUUCAGGCAGAGGAUUUCAAUAUCCAAGUCAGGUCGACUGAUCUCCAGGAUGUCUUGGACAGUUUAUCAGAUGAACCAAUCAUUCUCAAUGACGACUGCGACUAUUCCUGGCUAAGCGAGACAGCGCCAAAUUGGCAAGUUACGGACCUUGAUAUCGGGGCCAACCAUGUUGGCGAGUCUCUACAAGACCCCUUCAACUCGUUAGAAAGACCUGAACAGUCAAAUUCACGGCAUGACUUGAUAUCUACCGCCAAUUUCAGCAUUAUACAAGCGCCUGUUCACAUAUCAACAACACUAAUCGAAUACUGGUUCAGAUAUAUCUGUCCAGUGCGCUCCACGUUCGAUUCCGAGGUGAACAACAAUCGCUCAUUAGCUCGAGACUCAUGGGCCACAUCUGAGGCCGUCUUCUAUACGAUGCAAGUCAUGUCAGCUGUCUGUCUCGUCGACACUAUGCCCCAUCUGAGGCAAACCCUACCGUCACUGAGAGAACAAUCUACACUCGCCAUUACCCAGGGAAUAUCUCGAGUGCGAAACCUGGGACUAGGUCCAGUCACGGCUGAUUUGGUCUUUGCUGUAUUAGCAAUGGGAACUUCAUCUCACUGGAUCACUCCUGGAAAUUUGGACUAUUCGUGGCUGGAAACAGCGAGGGAAUUGCUUUCUAUGUGGACUGUCGGGAUUUCGGCGGCAGACGCUCUCCUGCAUGCCUAUUUCUGUCAAGCUUUGGCCUACUGGGAGAUGCUUCUUGCAUUGGUAGGCCGUGGCUCGAACCCCUCAAUUGUCGAUAAAAGACGACAGAAAUACCAGGACAAACUUCGUCAGGCCAUGCUACCAGAAGAUGGUACUUUUGGAACAAAACCACAGCCGCAUUUGUCAAUCGGUUUGAGUUUGAAGCCACUGGGAACGCUUCCAAACUCCUGGUGUGGUAUAUCAAACGAGGUGAUUGAGAUUUUCGGCCAAAUCCUAGCCCUGUGUAGAAGUGCGUGCGAUUAUAACCAAGAUCAGAGAACUGUCGGUCUUGAAGUAGCAAGCAAGAUCCUCUGCGACAUAGCGGUGGCACGCGAGCUCGAGAAAGAGCUUUUGAGUAUGGACUUUGAUACUAUUGUGCUUUUGGAGGAGCUGCAAGGCUUUUAUGUCGAUACACGAGAUGACAACACCCCCGUGUCUCAUCUACUAGAAACAGCUGAGGCAUAUCGCAAAGCUGGGUUGCUGCAGCUAUACCUGACAUUUGAUGAUCUUUCCGUCAAUGCAAGCGAUGGACAAAAUACAUUGGCUAACGGCUGCGAUGCUGCAAAGGAUAAAACAUGUCGAGAAAGAUCUCUUGUCGACUUGGCUCUGCAGCUCGUGGCUACUCUUGAAAGGAUUCCAGCUGAAUCUGGUUCAAAGUUCAUUCACCCUGUGUUAUAUGUUUCUGCGGCAGCGGGUCUCAAGUUCCAAAAAUACCCCGAUCAAUUGACAGGGACACCAGAGGAUGUCAAUACUGAUCCAUCUGAUAUCUUCACUUCGCAGCUGGAAUGGGAUUUAUUCGAUCUUACAUCGGCAGUAUGCCUACCAGGAAGCUCAGAUACUAUGACCGCAUUUAUUCCACAAUCUGUCCUCAAGGUUGCUGAAGCAAGACGUUUCGUCCUGUCAAGGCUCGAUACAAUUAGACAAGCUUUACCAUACAAAGCAAGCGAUAGCUUUCUGCGGCUUGUCAAAACUAUAUGGUCAGAAUACGAUGGGGCACAAUUGGACACAUCAGCGAAGCAUUGGUUAAAAAUUUCGAGCCAGAUAGGGUUAGAUAUGCCUCUAUAA